GUGUGAAACCCACGAUUUGUCUGCAAAAUAGUCAACUCUUUCAUACAUCCAAUGAAGACGAUGCCAUGUGUUAUAUAAAUCAGCUGUUGUUUGGACAUCCGAAACAUGUUCUGUGCUUCGAUCUUUCAUUUUAUAGCCAGACUAACUCAUUAAUAAUACAGCCUAUUUUGUCGAGUUGAUCACUUCAACGAGAUAAGUAAAAAAAAAAAGGGAAUAGUGAAGAGAGAUAGAGAAAGACGAGGAAAAGGAGAAACAAGGGACGAUGGGUUAUUGUUUUGCUAUUAAGCUGUGUUUAUGCAUCUUCUUUGCACUUUCAAUCGUCUCUACGGCUCGAAUCGGUAUUUCAUUUUCAGGAAAUGAAAAGUUGGUGAUGAGAGGAAGAUCAUUGAUGAUGGUGAGCACCAAUGACUACGACGAGCCAUCGGCCAACGGCAGACACAACCCACCUGGUGGGAGGCAUGGUGGAGGUCGGAGAGGGUGAAGAAUACAAAAUGUUUCUUAUUGUUAACAAAAGAGAAAAUAAUUAACGAGUAUUUUUAAAUUUUACUCAUUUAUAUCAUCACGUUCAUCUCUUUAUAUAUUGAACAAAUAAAACCCUCGGAAAAUAAUAUGUACUGAUAAAUUAAUAAGAAGAUAUGAACACUUGUAUCUCUUGGAAGA